CCCCGGAACCUCCUUGCAGAACCCGGAAGUGUGGCGUUUCUAUGUGUUCCUCGGCGAACUCUUAAGGAAGAACGGUAGUUUGUGAGCUCAGCCGGGACCAUGCUGACUCGGCUGAAAGCAAAAUCAGAGGGGAACCUUGCCAAACAGCUAUGCAGAGUUGUGUUGGAUCAGUUUGACCAACAGUAUUCGAAAGAACUUGGGGAUUCCUGGAGUACAGUAAGGGAUGUUCUGAUAUCUCCAUCACUGUGGCAAUACGCCGUCCUCUUCAACCGAUUCAAUUAUCCCUUUGAAUUGGAAAAGGCCUUGCGUUUGAGAGGCUAUCACACAGUCCUUCAAGGGGCUUCACCACAUUAUCCUAAAUCAAUGAAGUGUUACCUCAGCCGAACGCCAGACCAAAUGCCUUCAGAACGACAUCAGACUGGAAGCUUGAAACAGUACUACCUCCUUAAUGCUGCUUCUCUUCUCCCAGUAUUGGCUCUGGAACUGAGGGACGGGGAGACAGUCCUGGACUUGUGUGCUGCUCCUGGAGGCAAAUCUGUGGCUCUGCUGCAAUGUGCUUAUCCAGGUUAUCUUCUCUGUAAUGAAUAUGAUCGCCUGAGAGGAAGAUGGCUGAGACAGACGUUGGAAUCGUUCAUCCCACAGCCUUUGAUAGAUGUAAUUAAAGUGUCUGAAUUGGAUGGCAGAGAAAUGGGAGAUGCCCAGCCCGCAUCAUUUGACAAGGUGUUGGUUGACGCUCCAUGUUCAAAUGAUCGGAGCUGGCUGUUCUCGUCGGACUCUCAGAAAGCAGCCCACAGGAUCCAUCACAGGAACAGUUUGCCUGUUUUACAAGCCGAGCUCUUAAGGUCUGCAGUUAAAGCCUUACGUCCUGGAGGGCUACUGGUGUACUCUACAUGCACACUUUCCAAGGCUGAAAAUCAAGAUGUGGUCAGUGAGAUCUUAACUUCCAACAGUAAUAUCGUACCUGUGGAUAUUAGUGGGAUAGCAAGGACUUUCUCUGAAGACUUCACAUUUGCCCCCACUGGCCAGAAAUGCAGCCUUUUGGUGAUUCCUGAAAAAGGCAAAGCUUGGGGCCCAAUGUAUAUAGCCAAAUUGAAAAAAGACAUGAGUAUGUGAAAAUGGGAAGGUGAGUUUUUUAAGCCAUGCUGAUAUGUUAUUGUAUGUAUAUUUUCUGAGCUCACCAAGUGUUAGUUAUGUGUUGCUUUUAGCUACACUGCCUUAGUUCUGUGAAUGGGCCACACUACCAGCCUUGGCUCAGCUUCCCUUGAAUCCACAGAUAAAAGACACACAUACUUGCUUGUCCCUUUUCAACUUACCUUCUUGGCACAAUCGCUGGCACUAGAAUCUCCUAUCUGGAAAAUCAUGCUCUUAUCAAUACUCUUAGCUCCAAAUCUUCCACCUGCUCUAAACAUUAAUUGCCAAACUCCCCGACCACCCUGUAAGAGCAGCCUGUGUGGCCAUUUCAUUUUGAGAUCUCAUAUGGCUGGUCAACUUUUCUUCAUCAGAAGACCAGUGAACUCUGUCUCUCCUUCCUUGCUUCUGUCUCUUUUCUUCCAGGGACCCAGAAGUCCGGCCUAUUCCUUCCAGCCAGCAGCAAUUGGCCCAUGACUUCUUUACUGAGCGAUCAAGAACCAAUUGGGGAACAGAAUCUUAACAUCAAAACCGCCUCUACAGUUAGUUUUUAAAUACUUACAGUCACUUUCCCUAGGACCAUUUGGAUCCUGUUAGUAUUUCAGCCUCACUGAGCAUAGGCUUAAGAAAUUUUCAGGUAUAAUUUGCUCCUUGAAAUAUAUGUAUAGUGGUGAUUUAAUAUGGGACAGAUGGUAUUGGUUCUGUAGAACAUUUUUUUGUCUUUUAAUUGGGAUUUCAUAGUUAAAUUAAUUAGAAUACUGAGUUCUGUGCAUACAAUGUUUAGUACCGAAUUUUAUAACAUGAGUGUUCUAAAUCUUUCCUUUCAAAAUGUAUAUUUGCCAACACUUUUACUGUUUCCUCAUCAUAUCUGCAGAUUCAUUCUGUAAGAAUAAUUGGUAUUCCAAGGCUAAACUUCUUAAGCAGCACAAUUUCUAGUUCGAACAAAAUAGGUUUCUUAUUUGCAAAGUUGUUUUGUGUUAAGGACUGUCUUCUGUUUACUGCAAAGGUCAGUGACUCUAUUGACACCAGCUUUAUUUCUCCCCAUUUUCUUUUAUUCACAAAUACAAAUUGAAAGGGUAAAUUAUGUUGAAAGGCCUUUAGAACAACAGAUUCACACGCAUGAGUUUGACUUUCGACAUUCAGCUUGUAGAAUAAUGGAGUCUAUCCAGCAGGCUAUAAAGCAAGCACUUGAAACAAAACCAGAAUGAUUAAUAAUGGCAAUAACUGAACUAUAUUUGGAGUGUUUUGUUGCAUAAUUGCAGUCAUAAUGAGUACUACAGAAACUGAUUAUCUUACAGUUGCAAUCUGGAGGGGCAUUUUAUUUCACUUGGUUAUAAAAUGUUAUAUGAGAAUGUGAUGUCACAUAUUAAUGUAGAAGAUGCCUAGUAAGAGUUAAUUAUUCAUUACCAAGACCCCAAACCAUUCAGAGUGGUCGCUAUUUAUACAUAUCCCCAGAAUUUUGUGUGUGCUUCUAUAUUUAUACUUGGGAUUUUUUAAAAAUCAAUUUUCAAUCAUAGAUUUUUCUUUAGCAAGGCUUCACUUGGAUCCAAACAUUUUUCCAACUAUUAAGAAAAAUCAUAGUGGCAGACAUGGCAGUGCACACCUGUAAUCAAAGCACUUUUGAGGCUGACGUAGAAGAAUUGUAAAUUUACGUCAGCCUGGGCUGCCUAUCAAGACCCUCCUUAAGGACAAUGUAGGGAGGACAGAGGGAAGGAGGGAAGGUUAGUGCAGGAGAGAAAACUACAAAGCAUACUUGAAGUUGGAAAUUAGCCUUUUAUUUUUAUUAAGAUUUGUUUAUUUACUUCAUCUUAUUUUGUAUGUAUGAAUGUCUUGGCAACAUGUAUGUCUGCAUACCAUGUGCAUACCUGUUGCCUGAGAAAGUCAGAACUGGGCUUCAGAUCCUCCAGAACUGAGAUAUAGAUGGGUAUGAAACAAUAUAUGGGUGCUUGGAAUCAAACGCUCGUCUUCUGUGAAAGCCAUAAAUGCUGUUAACUGCUGAGCCAUCUUUCAAGCCCAUAAUUAGUUUAAAAAGUCAACUGUGGAAGCACAAAAUUCCACUGAUGCCGAGUAGUAUUGUUCCGUUCUGUUCAUCAAGCCACUCAUUACAUACUUUUUGUUUUGCACACCUGUGUAACUGGAGUCGAAUGAAUGGACAGCCUAGGAAAAAUCAUGAUCCUAUUUUUGUUCUCAUCAAUAUGUUAAAAUAUAUCUGACCAGUGUGUUUAUAGUAAAUGUAUAUCUCUUGGGCCAAUCAAAUGUAUUCAGUAAUUACAGAAGAUUAAUGACAGAAAAGGGUUUUGUUUGUUUUAGUUUGAAGUAGUGGUUUGUUUUUCUGUUUGAAUUCCUGUCUUUGGAUUUUGUAGUUUUAAAAGUGCUUUUGUAUAAGUUAACCACGAUGUAAAAUUUCACAGUACAACUGUUGAGUGUGUUAUGAAACUUAAAAUGAACAUUAGGUGUGGUAUUGGACUUGAUUGUCUUGGGAUUGAUGAAAAUCAUGUCUCAUUACAUAUAUUCAUUGGCUUUAUUAUUAAGAUGAUUGUAACAAAACAGCAAAUAUUUAUUGAACAUUAAAUGCUUGAUUUAAGUAUU